UUUUCGACAACGGCCAAGAUGGCUACCGCUAUGGACGUUUAAAACAAGCUGCGUUGAAAAAAAAUGAAGGGAAGCAAUCAUGGCAAAACGCAGAAGUGAACCGAUUAAUGCCAUACCUGCACAGAAGUUGGAUCAGGCAGGCUCCAGUGUCAAUCAAAACCAUCUCACACUUGCCAUCAGGAGUCGACAGAAAAAAUACUCAGGCUCCUACACUAAUAAUACUUCAAAACACCCUCGAAGUUCAUCUGCAACCAAAGCAAAUACAACUGUCUGUACACGUGCACAGACACGACAGUUGCUGCAAAGAGCAGUAAGAGAGACAAGACAGAAGGGCUACCAUCUACCCUCAACCUCAACUCCAAGCACUAGCACUAGGGCUGCCACUGUGGCAUCCCACGCCAAAGUGCUGACUUGGUCAGGCCGAGGAGCUAGGAGAUCACGUAGGGAUCUAAAGAUACAGGACAGAGUUGGAGGAGAGACUCCUGACACCUCUAGCUGUGUUGAGGAUGUGGGUCACAUGGAAGAGGAAGCAGCUGUCCAGGACAGAGCUAAAGAUGAGGAUGUCCUUAACAGAAACGAGAACUGUGAUCAGUCUAUAAACCAUGAAGAGGUUGCUGAUGAGGACAUAGACAAUGCAGAGAAUGUUGUUGAUAAUAGUCGUGAUGAGGAUCAGGCAGCAGAUGUUAAUGAAGUGUCAGAUGUGAGCAGUAGUCACGAAGAUGAGGAUAGUGAAAGUAGCGAGGAAGACAAUGCAGCAGAGGAUAGCCUGGACUCCAGCAGCUGCCGAUGCACCUCUACAUGGAGUUGUGGUGGUCAUUCCUGCCAGCGACCUGGUGGUGCAUGCAGUUCUUCAACAUCUAAACUACAGGGCAAGCGCAAUCUCUCAGGAGAAGAUGAGACUGGAGUGGGUGAUGUAUCACCAUGCAAGAAGUCAUGCAAGCCUCUGGGGAAAACAAAAUGUGAUAGCUGUGGUCAGCGUUUGCCAGCAGCUGCUGGCUUAAAACUAGGUGCUGCCCCCAAACCACCUCGUCAGCGUAUUCCUUCCCGUGAGCACCCACCACCUCGUUUGCAGCAGUGGUUGGAUAUGUUUAAGUCUUGGAGCAAUGCUGAGCGCAUGAUGGCACUUGAUGAUCUAAUAUCUUUAUGUGAAGCAUCACAAGUUCGGCAUAUGAUGCAUAUCAUUGAGCCACAGUUCCAGCGGGAUUUCAUCUCUCUUUUGCCCAAAGAGUUGGCUCUGUAUGUGCUUUCUUUCUUGGAUGCUCGUGAUUUGCUAAGAGCAGCCCAGACAUGUCAGUAUUGGCAUGUUCUUUGUGAAGACAACUUGUUAUGGCGUGAGAAGUGCAGAGAAGAAGGAAUAAGUGAGUCGCUUGUGUAUGGCUCGCGACUUCGGCGUCGGCCUGGCAAUCCCAGUCCUUGCAAAGCCCUGUACAUGAGACAGUCCCAGAUAGAACAAAACUGGCGUACAGGAACAUCAAAACCAACUAAAAUACUGAAGGGUCAUGAUGAUCAUGUUAUCACCUGUUUAGAAUUCUGUGGCCAUCGCAUUGUUAGUGGAUCUGAUGACAAUACUCUCAAGGUGUGGUCAGUUUUAACAGGCAAGUGUCUUCGAACAUUAGUUGGUCAUACAGGUGGUGUGUGGUCAUCACAAAUGUCUGGCAGCAUCAUCAUCAGUGGAUCUACAGACCGAACCCUGAAGGUGUGGAAUGCCGAAACAGGAGCGUGUCGGCACACUCUCUAUGGGCAUACAUCAACAGUCAGAUGCAUGGCACUAUGUGGAAUUGUGGUUGUUAGUGGUUCAAGAGAUGCCACUCUGCGUGUGUGGGACGUGGAGACUGGCCAGUGCCUUCAUGUCUUGAUGGGACAUGUUGCAGCAGUGCGAUGUGUGCAGUUUGAUGGCCGUCGUGUCGUGUCUGGGGCAUAUGAUUAUACUGUGCGUGUUUGGGACCCAGAGACUGAGACCUGUCUGCAUGCCUUACAAGGUCACUCAAAUCGUGUUUACUCCUUACAGUUUGAUGGAAUCCACGUGGUGAGUGGCUCUCUAGACACUUCAAUACGUGUGUGGGAUGUGGAAACAGGUGCAUGCCUACACACACUUAUUGGUCAUCAGUCUCUUACUUCAGGCCUGGAAUUGAAAGACAAUAUUUUGGUAUCUGGAAAUGCUGACUCUACUGUUAAAGUGUGGGACAUCACCACUGGGCAAUGCCUUCAGACUCUGCAAGGGCCUCACAAGCACCAGAGUGCUGUAACCUGCCUGCAGUUUAGUAAGAAGUUUGUAAUCACAUCGUCUGAUGAUGGCACAGUGAAAAUAUGGGACCUGCGCUCGGGUGAGUUCCUGCGCAAUCUAGUGUCAUUGGAUAGUGGGGGCAGUGGCGGCGUAGUAUGGCGGCUGCGUUGCAGUAACACCAAGCUCGUCUGUGCUGUUGGCAGUCGCAAUGGUACCGAGGAAACUAAGCUGAUGGUCCUAGACUUCGAUGUAGAUGAUAAACGUCAGGUGUAGGUGAGCUUUCACUUGCUGGAGUCUUUUGAUGACUGUAAGAGAUGAUCUGCAGGUGGAAGAAGCUUUUGUGGUCCAGCUGUACAUAAGCUCUUGCUAUAUGUUCAGCUACCCAAACAGAUGCUUGAUAACCAGGCAGAGAAAGGAUACCUUGAGUAGUCAUAUACAGUGUCAAAUGCAUUCUAAAAGUGCUGUGCUUGAGUGCCCAGGAGUAUAUGAACAAGAAGUAUUCAAAAUAGGAGAAGAAUUGCAUCUCAGGCUAUUAUCUUUUUUUUUUGUUUGGUUUUUUUUUUGGGUUUUGUUUGGUUUUUUUUUGAAACAUGAUAGAAUGAACUAAUUGUGAAAGAAAAUGUGGCAUUUCUUUUUUCUUAAACUGAAGCAAGUGCAGCACACAGAUCUUAAUAAGCAUGAGGCAUGGUACUUGAUUAUCUUCAUGAGUGGUUCACCAGAAUGUAGGUAUAAACCAUUUUUUUAAAUCUUGAAAGCAAAUGGUGGACCCGUUGUACCUGUCUUGAGGAAUAAUAAGCAAGUUGCUUGACACCUUCUCACUAAAGGGUGGUAAACCUUGUGUGGGGUCUAGAUUAUUACAAGAUAUCAAGAGACUGGAAGUAUGUGCUGUAUGCAUACCAAUACGUGAAGGGUACUUUCCCCUGCAGACCUUGAGUGUGGAAUAACAAACCAAAAUAAAAAUAAUAAUAAACAGCACAAAGGCAGCAACAAGUAACAUGAAGACAAAUUGUGUGUUUAAGAAACUAUGUCUUCAUGAAAAACUGCAAGAUGGGGUGUUAACAAUCGUAUCGAGCAGUUCAUGUGCUGAAAGGUAUUCAGACAUUUAUAUGAAGUUUUUGUUUUCCUUCACAAAUACUUGAAACACAUUUUUUAAAGGAAGUGAGUCGUUUCAGCAUGUUGUUCAUAGUGUAAAAAACCAUGCACACUCAUGUUUUCCAUAUGGGCAGAGACGUGCAGACAUGAUGCUUACCCUUACUUUCAAUCCUCCAUGUGUGCUUUGCUUCCACACACAACUCUGUCACAUUUUGGGGUAUUCCAUAAAGUGUGGAGGUCGUCACCUUUGUGAAGCAAAUGUGAAAAAAAUGGCAUAUGUACAGAUGUAUAACAAUGAUUUUUGUGGGAGCACAGUUGAAAGUAUUGCCACUAACCCUGCUGAAUGAGGCAGGUCAGUGCUUCAAGUGCUUGGUGGUUGUAUUUUCAGAGUUGGUCAAAUCAGGUUACUUUAAUGCUCAGAAAUAUUGCAAAAAAGAUUUUUUCAAAAACAUUCUCUAGCAUUUGGUGUUAGGUGGUGAAAGCGGAGGUGGUAUAAACAAGGCAAAUACCAUUAAUCACAUUGUUUAUUAUUAUUAUUAUUAUUAUUAUUAUUAUUAUAUGUUUAUGAGCAGAUUAGAAAUGAUUUGUGCCCUUUUUUCUAAAAAGAUGUUAGCUGCAUUAAUUUUUUUUUGUUGUUGCUGUUGUUCAUGGGUGAAAUAUCAUAAAACUCUGGCUCAUAUUUUUCAUGAAUCAUGAAAAUGUUAUUUCCUUGACACCCCUUCCCCCCCCCAAAAAAAAAAAAAAAUCAGUCUGUGCUUGGCUGCAUUGUCCAGACAAGGAAAACUUUAAGAAGCAUGAUUAUAAAAUUAAGGAAAAUUUAGAGUUAUUUACCAUUUAAGGUAGGUGUCAUCAGUGGCAUCAUCUCUUCUCAUAUAUUUGAUGUAGAGUGUUUUUUGUGUAACGUCAACUGCCAUUCCUUAUAUCUUCUAUUUUUGUAACUGUUUUCAUUUUAUAGCUUUCAGUAUUUUGAAUUUCAUAAAAGUAUCAAGGGUCAUGUGACUGAUUCAGAGUUUGAAACAGUGUUCCACCAAGAGAUCUGACCCAUGCUGCAGAAUCAUUUUCUUUCCUUUUCGCAGUUUAAUUCUGGUUCUUCCUGCAUAAAUCUUCUUAGUUUUUUUACGAGGUCACAGCCAUAAAACAGUUUGUAUUACUUUGCUAGUUUCAGUUAUUUAAACAGCCUACACUAAUAAAAGUUCCGAGUCUUUAAGUAAUUGUUAAAAUGGCUAGCAUGUUGAGCGGUGGAUAUUUUGGUUCUGCAGUUUAGGCUUUGUAAAGAUUCAGUAAUUAUGUUUGACCAGCAUUACCUGUUUAAAGAUUGUGUCAAUCACUUGGAGCACUAUAUCAGGUUAUUGGAAAGGGGAAUUUCAAGCUUGAUGACUUGUGAAUCAAUCCAUCUUGCAGUCUGGUUUUUUUUUUUUCUUUCUAAAUUUCUGUUCGCCAACACCGGAGGUAUUAGUACUACCUAGCAGCUAGCAAAAAAAAUGUGAAUUGUCUUUUGUGACUAGUUCUGUAGCUUUCUGUAAACAUGCAUGUGAAAUAAGGGGGAUGAAAAGGGUGUGACUGUGCUACUAUAUAUGUUUAAUAGUGCAGUUACACAAUAUGAUGAUUUCUUGACAAGUUUCUUAAAUCAGAAAAUAAGAUUGCGGUGCUGAGUGGAAUGCAAAGGUGUUUUGGUGAAGAAAUUGAAAGCUUGUGAGAAAACCUUAAAAGAGUAGUUUGCAGUAAGUGAUGAGAAAGUGUAGAAAUUCAGGUCUGGCAGCGAAAGUCUUGAUCCUCUUGGUAUUUCCAGAGUACAAAAAUUACUUAAGAUUCCAAAAUUCCCUAAAAUGACCUUUUAAAUUUAUUGUGUAAAGAUGUUGCUGCUGUCUUAAAGAACUUUGGGCUUCUAAUGACCAGAAAACUAUUAUCUAUUAGAACCGUUCUUUGGUAUCUGCAUGCCUCUUAUUUUAGUGUGUUUUCUAUUUUAUAUUUAUGUUUAAAUAGCAUGAAGUUUAGUUAAAGCACAAAUAUUAAAAAGUUCCAGCAUUGAAUCAAUGUCACUUUGACAAAAAAAAAAACCAAAAAAAGCUACAGCUAGGCGAGUGCAACUUAAAUGGACAUCAAGAACUAUGCUAAAACCAGUGAAGAAGUCCAGCAUCAUUUUUCUUUAGAUGGUUUUGGGUUUUCCUCCGCCUUAAUGGUGACAGUCUUUCUGAACUGUGCUCAGCCUGGGCAAUUUUUGUAAAGAUUCAGAAAACAAAUCUAGGGUAGGAGGAAGAUGUGGAAUUUAAGAAAUUGAUAGUACUCUCCGUCAAUAUGGCUGCCAAAGGAGACUUUCACCUGAAAGAGCUUAAGUUGUCUGCUAGUGAGGCCAGUUAGGGUCUUGGUAGUGUGUGAGGAUGCCCUCAGGUAAGUGUGAGUGUGUGUGUGGGGGGUGGCGAUGAGCGGGGCUGGUGUAUGUGUCAACAUCCUGCUGCAGCCACAAAUUUUAAUAUCUUGAUGUGGAUGUGAAAUAUGGCAUUAAGGAUUGGUGAUUAAAUCACUUACAAGCAAAGA